UGUGAAUAUUUUUUUGGGGCAGGUAUGCGGAGGGGAGCCGCUGCGUGGGGAUGACCAUCGACGCUUGGCCACACCAUUGGUUGCACCAAAAAAACCCCAAAAUUGGUGGAUUUUAAUGGGAUUUCUCCUGGUGGCUGGACCAUCGUUUCCACCAAAACCCCAAAACUGGUGGAUUUUGACCCAAAAUGUGAAUUUUUCUCCUCAGGUACGCGGAGCGGAGCCGCACCCGCUGCGUGGGGAUGACCAUCGAGACGCGGCCGGACUAUUGCCUGCGGCCCCACCUCAGCGCCAUGCUGGGCUACGGCUGCACGCGCCUGGAGAUCGGCGUGCAGAGCGUCUACGAGGACGUGGCCCGCGACACCAACAGGGGCCACACGGUGCGGGCGGUGAGCGAGAGCUUCCAGCUGGCCAAGGACUGCGGCUUCAAGGUGGUGGCGCACAUGAUGCCCGACCUGCCCAACGUGGGGCUGGAGCGCGACCUGCACCAGUUCAGCGAGAUUUUCGAGAACCCCGCCUUCCGCCCCGACGGGAUGAAGCUGUACCCGACGCUGGUGAUCCGCGGCACCGGGCUCUACGAGCUCUGGAAAAGCGGGAGAUACCGCAGUUACCCCGCCAGCACCCUGGUGGACCUGGUGGCCCGGAUCCUGGCCCUGGUGCCGCCAUGGACGCGCGUCUACCGCGUCCAGAGGGAUAUUCCCAUGCCCCUGGUCAGCUCCGGGGUGGAGCACGGGAACCUGCGGGAGCUCGCCCUGGCCAGGAUGAAGGACCUGGGCACUGAGUGCCGCGACGUGCGGACGCGCGAGGUCGGAAUUCAGGAAAUCCACCACAAAGUCCGGCCCUACCAGGUGGAGCUGAUCCGUCGGGAUUACGUGGCCAACGGGGGCUGGGAGACGUUCCUGUCCUACGAGGAUCCCGAGCAGGACAUCCUGGUGGGGCUGCUCCGCCUCCGGAAAAUCUCCCCGGAAUCUUUCCGCCCCGAGCUCAAGGGCGGCGUCUCCAUCGUCCGGGAAUUGCACGUCUACGGCAGCGUGGUGCCCGUCAGCAGCCGGGAUCCCUCCAAAUUCCAGCACCAGGGAUUUGGAAUGCUGCUGAUGGAGGAGGCGGAGAGGAUCGCCAAGGAGGAACACGGGGCGCGGAAAAUUGCCGUGAUUUCCGGUGUCGGCACCAGGAAUUAUUACCGGAAAAUCGGCUACGAGCUGGAAGGGCCCUACAUGGUGAAAAUGUUGGAAUGAGGAUCCCAAAAUUCGCUUCCGGAGCGCCGGAGUUGCAAUUAAAAUCUUAAUUAAAGAUGAGAAAAAAAAUUGGAAAA